AUGAUAACAAGUUCAGAAGAAGAGAUCGCUUAUACCAGAGAAAAUCAUAAAUACCACAAUGAUUCCAAGGACUUGCAUGAUUCUGCUCCUGUUUUCUGCCUUAGCUGCAGCACAGAGCACAACCACCGUAGAACCGGCAACCGCACCAACUACCACUUCAACUACCACAGCCGCUCCAACUACCACUUCAACUACCACAGCCGCUCCAACUACCACUUCAACUACCACAGCCGCUCCAACUACCACUUCAACUACCACAACUGCUCCAACUACCACUUCAACUACCACAGCCACUCCAACUACCACUUCAACUACCACAGCCACUCCAACUACCACUUCAACUACCACAGCCGCUCCAACUACCACUUCAACUACCACAACUGCUCCAACUACCACUUCAACUACCACAGCCACUCCAACUACCACUUCAACUACCACAGCCACUCCAACUACCACUUCAACUACCACAGCCACUCCAACUACCACUUCAACUACCACAGCCCCUCCAACUACCACUUCAACUACCACAGCCACUCCAACUACCACUUCAACUACCACAGCCGCUCCAACUACCACUUCAACUACCACAGCCGCUCCAACUACCACUUCAACUACCACAGCCACUCCAACUACCACUUCAACUACCACAGCCGCUCCAACUACCACUUCAACUACCACAGUCGCUCCAACUACCACUUCAACUACCACAGCCACUCCAACUACCACUUCAACUACCACAGCCGCUCCAACUACCACUUCAACUACCACAGUCGCUCCAACUACCACUUCAACUACCACAGCCACUCCAACUACCACUUCAACUACCACAGCCACUCCAACUACCAGAACAACAGUAUCUAGUUCUGCCUCCUCUGCCUUUCUGAACAAAGUCAGUCUCAUGUCGGUCAUAAUGGUUUUGUUGAUUCAAUUUUCUUAUUCAUACGUUUAAUGUGAU